AUGUAUGAUUCAACAUUAAGUAUAAUUGAGAUAGGUGAGUAUAAAAUUACUAGUAACAUUGUUAGUACAAUUGAACCUGUAUUGGAAAAAUUUGGCAUUAGUAAAAGUAACCUAGUAAGUAUCACAACAGAUAACAGUUCGAAUGUUAAGGCAGCUGUUAUACAACUUUCAACUAAAAUUUUACCACCCAAGCCUGUUGUUAAUAUUUUUUAUGCAGCACAUACAUUACAAUUAAAUGUUAAUGCAAACUUAGAUAAAGUAUAUGAUCUAAUUAUAAAAUGUAAAGCAUUAAUUAGACUUUUGAGUGAAAAAAAAAACAUAAACAAUUAUGAGAGACACAAAUUAGUACUGGCAAAAAAAAAAUCAAAAACUAUUGAUGUAAUUCAAGAUUUAGUUAAUGAUCUUAAAAAUUCUACAAAUAUUGAGCAUCAGCAUGAUGGUAGUAAUAUUCAAGAAAAGUUACUUUCUAAUAAUGAGUUUCAAAUUAUACGUGAUCUUGUUGACCUUUUGCAUCUAUUUCACAAAGCUAUAGAGUUUCUUUCUGAUUCUAAUUAUGCUACUUUGAGUAUUAUAGUACCAACAAUAAAAGAGUUAAUUAAUCAUUUGAAUAAUAUAAAUAAUAAAUUUGAUAUUAUAAAUAAAGUGAAAAAUACCAUCCUUAAUAAUUUAAUAAGUUGUUGGUUGUCAUCACCUAAAUAUGAAUUAUAUGCAUCCUUGCUUGAUCCCAG